AUGCACUUUUCGCAUUUAGUUCAAGAGAACUUUGGCCAUAAAAUUAGUAUAAAAAUCAUACAUAAAUUUUUGAAUUUUGAAAUAUCUUUAUAUAAUAUUUAUGAAAACAUUCCAGAGGCUUCAAAUUUAGAAAUUUUUGAAAACGAAAUUGAGAUUGAUGAAUUAGAAAAGCCAGCUAUUUUUGCUUUGGACGAGAAAUAUUUAACAAAAAUUUUUGACAAACUAUAUAUAGAAGAUACGAGUGAAAUGGACAGUAUAUCUACUGAUGAUGAUAAUGACUUAAUAUCAGAAUCAUGUUCAGAAGAACUAAUUAUUGAACAAAAAGAGUCUAAGAUUUUAACCCAUUGUGUCAUUCAAAUAGAUGGAGAAAGUAUUGUUGAAGUAGAUG